AUGCCUUACCUUGUCCGCGAGAAUCUCUUCAUCGGAAACAUCAGCGACGCGGCGGAGAUCCUCCAGAACGGUGGAGGUGGCGGUGGUGCCGGAGGAGGAGACUUCACACACAUACUCUCCGUCCUCAGCUCCGCCUCCAUUUCCUUCUUCUCCGAAUGGCGCCCAUCCGUCUCCAUCCCCGUAAAGGAGAUCAACAAGGUCUACGUCUCCGGCGCCGGCAGCGGUGACUCCGGCAAGUGUGCCUUGUCGCCGGAGAAGCUCCUCUACUCUCUCGAGUACGCCGGACGUGACCUCAAGCUUGUGAGGAUGGCGGUGCCUCUGAAGGACACGGAGAACGAGGACUUGCUUGAUUACCUCGAAGUUUGCAUCGACUUCAUUGAUCGUAGCAGGAAGGAAGGUUCCGUUUUGGUUCACUGCUUCGCUGGAGUUUCUAGAAGUGCGGCAGUGAUUACGGCGUAUUUGAUGAGAAUGGAAAAUCUCUCUCUCGAAGAUUCCCUUGAAUCAUUAAGGAAGAGCUAUGAAUUUGUUUGCCCCAAUGAUGGCUUUCUUGAGCAGUUGAGAAUGUUCGAGGAGAUGGGCUUCAAGGUUGAUCACUCCAGUCCUAUAUAUAAGCGCUUUCGUCUGAAAAUACUUGGUGAGAGUCAUUUCUCGGGGUCGAGAAUAGACAGUUCCAAACUGGGUGCAGACCCUGGCAUGCCUGUCCAAAUUUCUUCAGAUGUUGAAGGAGCUACUAAAGUAGAAAAUAAUAGGAGUCCUACAUAUCGCUGUAAGAAGUGCCGACGAAUUGUCGCAUUGCAAGAACAUGUUGUGGAUCACAUUCCUGGUGAGGGUGAGACGUCCUUUGAGUGGCAUAAGCGAAGAAGUGGCAAUCCUUUCAACAAGUCUAAUGAAUCGUGUUCGUCCAUAUUUAUUGAGCCUCUCCGGUGGAUGAAAGCUGUUGAGGAAGGCGCGUUGGAGGGAAAACUGUCAUGCGUUCAUUGCGAUGCCCGUUUGGGAUACUUCAACUGGGCAGGCAUACAGUGCAGCUGCGGAAGCUGGAUAACCCCAGCUUUUCAACUCCACAAAGGCCGUGUAGAUAUAAGCCCUGUAUGAACCUAGUUGUAAAACUUUAUGCAUAUCCUCUUUCCUUGAUAACGGAUGCCACCUAUAUUCUUUUUGUUGCUCCUGGACCCAUCAAAUUUUCCAAGCUGGUCUAUUGCCAAUGAAGUUGUUGAGGGAGAGGAUUAAAGUCUUGUUUCCAUGGACCUGGCUGUAUUCUGCUCAGUUAUUGCAGGCUCAACCAAUGCAAUUGUGAGGGGGAGGAUUCUAGUCUUCUUCCACUUCUCUUGCUUCUUGCUGAAUGGAUUUAAGAGAUAUUAUGCAUUUCUAAUACAUAAUGAGGCACGAGUUGGGUUUUCCAUAUUUGAGUUUGUUUCCUUGAAAAUUAAGGUUGUGAGAAGAAAAUGAUCUCCCUUGUAUCGUGUUUUUCACUUUUUCUAUUCUUUAUCUGCAUUUAGUUUUAUUUCUUUUCCAUGGUGUUAAGAGAUCCGUACUGUCGAAAUCAAUGAAUGAACGAAUCAUCGAUUACUUGAAUACCAAUGCAUUUCGUGGCUGGCGUUUAUUGUCUGUGA